AUGGCAACCAUUACACAAACACAAACACAAACACCAUCCCGGCCGGCCGAGACGUCCAGAGACUUUUCCACCGACGAGAUCGCCUACGUUCCCACGACGGGAGUAAGCAAGGUCUUCGAGACUCCAGUGGUGCAGGCCAGCGCCGAAAGCUUGCAGGGCUACGGCCACGUCGUCGACUCGCCCGACAACUUCCCCAUCGAGAUUGUUCGGUGGCCUGCUCAGGGUUCGCGCCCGGUCGACAAGAACUCGGGCGACCAAGGCGGCGUCACCGAAGGGCUGUUCGAGUUCUGGUGGAAGGGCGACAUGCUGUACGCACGCAACAACGCCGUGGGAGAUAGUUAUCUGUUCGCCUGGAGCGAAUUCCCAGAGAAGGCGACGGAGAGCGAGAGCGAGAGUGGGAACGAGAGUGGGAACAAGAGCGGAAACAAGAGCGGGAACAAGAGCAAAAGAGAAAGACAAAGACAAAGAGCACUCAUCUGGCGCGCCAACUAUCAUCCCGACGGGGGCCAGUUGUUCUAUCCGCUGAAUGGCCAGAGUUUCAUGAUUCCUUUGGCUCUCCCCGGCGACGACGUGACUCCCGACAAGUUCACCACCUUCCGUUGCGACGGUGGCCAAGGUCUUUAUAUCCAUCCAAAUAUCUGGCAUGGCGCGGUCGUGCCGUUGGAGGAUCACAGCCGCUUUCUGGACCGACAGGGUCGUGUCCAUGCGCGCGUGUCCGUCGACUUUGCAAAGGAGUUUGGCGGCUAUCUGUCGGUGCCGCUUGGAAACAAGGCGGUCUAG